AUGUUCGAGAGCUUCGUCGGCGCCAAGGUGGCGAAGGAGACGAUGAGCAUCAUUCGUGAGAACUGCGGCGAUAACCUCGAAAGAGCCGUCAACAUGUACUUUGACGGCACCUGGAAGGAUUUCAAGAAAAAGAACCCCUCCAUCAACGCUUUUGUUCGACCACCACCCGCCGUCAUGUCGUCAACGCCCGGGCCAACGCCCAAAGACUCGCCAAAGCCCGUCAUCCGCCGCUCCAUGCCCGAAUCACGCUAUGUGGGCGCCUUCGGCGUCGAGGGCUGGGCCACGAGGAGCGGUACAAACCUGCUGAAGCACGGCGACGUGGUCAAGAUUGAGCGGAAGAAGAUGCAGCUGCCGAAAGCCCCUCGCUCCGCCAAAGGCGCCGCCGCCGUGCACAAGCUCAGCGCCGCGGCCGUCGCCAAGCGAGAUGACACCAUUGUGCGGUCACCACGAGCAGCGGCACCGAGAUUGAAAGGUUCGCCAAGAACACGGAAAGCUGGUGGCCCCCCCUGA